AUGACCACCACAACCUUCCGCUUCUGCUGCAGCAAAAAUUCCCCACAAUCUCCAUCCACUGAAUCCAAAGAGUCAACUUGUGACUAUUGGAAGCCGUCUUCACCAAAGAGAACAAGAAGACCAGACAGUCAGGAGGGUCAGCAAAGUUGGGCAUCACAGCUGAGAUUGAAGAAGGAGCUGCAAGCUUUCCUUGCAGUUGAAGAGUCUGAAGAGGUUAGAGAAAAGUUUGGUGAAGUUCUCAGUAAUUUUGACAAGAAAUUGUUGCAACCCAAAGGACGUCAAGAAUCAGCUAGGCAGUUCCAGAAUCAAACUGAAAAGGAUAGAAGCGAGUACAAUCAGGCAUUGAAGGAUCAAUAUGGCCCAGUAGACCAUAAUGUUUCAGAAUUCUUAACAAAACAUAACAUUCAAGCGCCAAACCCACAAAAGUGCAAUACUGGCAAAAUUUGGAAGAUCAGAUAUGAGCCACCCAAUGAAGACAAAACCGAACUCACAUUCAGACUUAUGCUAGGAUCUCAAACAAAGAGCAGGAUUUUUUAUUCAAAUGUGACAGUUGCCUAUGUCAAACAUUAUCUUGGUAAAGGAUUUGUUGAAAAAUGCAUUGCUUAUGGAGAAAGGUGUUCUUCUGGGGGUAUGAAUCAACCCUCAUUCUUUGUUCCACUGGGAGAUAGCAACUUGGAUGUUGCCCCGAACCACUGUCUUCUCAAAUUCCAAAAAAAAUGGGGACCAGAUGAAAAUGCUUCCCUAUGUUCAAGGCGAUAA